UGCGCCGUUACGUCCUCCUAGCUAACAGAAGUUUAACUCCCAUUGCAAGAGUCCAGACACGGAUCGGGCCCUUGAUUCUGACACCUUCAGAAGCCACCUCACCCUAUAUUCCAUGUUCCCUUCCCGCAGGUUCAUUGCUUUUGCCUUCUGACUUGGCUCGAAACGAUGCAACCUUCGGUACGGUGCCUCGACCAUAUAUGGGGCUCUCCCACCGUUGACUAUUCAUUUGCAGUCGUGGGUGUGAUCCUAGCAAUUUUUCUUUUACUCAUGGCUGUUGAAUGAACUUCUCCGCUUUCAUGAAAGAUUGACUUCGAUACCCCAAGCAAUGCUAUCUUCGCGCCAGCUGGUCGCUCUUGCGACAAUCUUGCACGCAGCUACUCGAGUUUCGGCUCAAGACUUGAAGGAGCAAGUCUGGGCAGUGUUUGCUUACACUCUAUACGGUGACCGUGUCCCAACAGCUUUGCCCCGUCCGAAUAUCCUGACCCCGUAUGGAGCCAACGGACUGUAUGCGGCCGGGUCUGCUUUUCGAGAUCGGUAUGUCGCGAUCCAUUCGACCGACGUCAGCCCGAGUACAAGAAUCGAGAGCAUCUCUUCGUAUGCGCUAGAAGACGAAGAUCUGAAUAUCCUCUCAACUACCGAUCCAUCGGUCAUUGCAUCCGCCCAGGCUUUCAUGCAGGGCCUAUAUCCCCCUCUCAACGAAACCUACGACGUGCAAUAUCCUGACCCAUCAUACCUUAUGGCCAAUGGAACCUAUGCGACUGCUCCUAUGGGGGGAUACCAGUACCCACGAAUUGUCACCGUGAGCUCGGACGAUCCCCAGUCGGUCGUGGUGGCGGGUCAAGAUAAUUGUUUCCUGCAUCAGAUCACCGAUGCGGACUACCAGCUCAAUUCUGGAACCCAGCAGAUAAUUCAGGAGUCUGCAGCGUUCUACAAUCGUCUUUACGACCAGGCCCUAUCUGGCGAUUUUGAUCGCUCUUCGGUCAACUAUGCGAACGCCAUCUCUGUCUCCGAAUUUCUGGAGUAUCAGCUCUUACACAACGAAACACUGUUGCUCACCGUUAGUCAGGAGGAUAUAUUACUCGCACGCUGGUAUGCCGACCAGUAUACCUUUGCAACCAAUGGCAACACGGAGUCAUCGGGGGCAAUUGACAGCGGUGCCGUCCGCACGAUUGCUGGUCAGACAUUGGCUGGCCAUAUCUUGGAUGCGUUCGACACCAAUGUCCUCUACCGGGGUAGCAGCGGAAAAAUGACCCUCCUCUUUGGAGGUUAUGAGCCUGCUGUCGCUCUCACAUCCCUCACCCAACUAGCAUCACCAGGAGAUGGGAAUUUUUAUGGGCGUCCGGCGCUCGGAGCCUCGAUGACCUUUGAACUUUUCAGCCUGGAAAAUGCCUCUUUUCCGACGUACCCCGAUCCGUCUCAGCUCUAUGUGCGGUUUCUCCUGCGCAAUGGGACAACCUCGCCAGAAUUCCAAUCUUACCCACUUUUUGGCCACAGUCCCAGCAAUAUUGAUAUUCCUUACACGGAGUUCAAAGCUGAGAUGGAAGCGUUUUCGCUCAAUUCGACGGAGGAGUGGUGUCUGAUGUGUGAUUCGAAGUCCGUAUUCUGUCCUGGUGUUUUGAGCGACGAAUCGGGUGCAUCUGCUUCAUCAAAGACAAAACCAGCGAGCAAAGGUAUGAGCCCUGUUACUGCAGGUGUCAUUGGAGCCAUCGUGACUCUUGCUGUCACUGGUCUUGUUGCCCUUGGCGGGUUCCUGCUGCUUGGGGUUCGAAUGCACCGUCGACGCAGGUCGAGCCUGGAGGAGAUAAAAGGAGGCAUUGCUUUGGGAAGCGACUCAAAUCUUGCUCUGCGUGAACAUGCUGCACCCCCAGCAAAGACUAUGAAGCCUUAAGGCAUUGAUCCUCGCGCACCAGCUCUAUUAGUAUUUUGGUGAUCUGCAUGAGGGACAUCGACGGGCUUGGUGCAGAUGGGGACAAAAAGAAAUAAC